AUGGACAAGCUCUUCGAUCAGUUUGCCCAGGCAGUCAGCGAGGGGAACGGGCCCCUCCUGUCAAAAACACUGCUGCCCGGAGAGUCGAAUGAGGACCUCGACAGGCUACAUUCCAUCUGGCGAAGUGUCACCUCGCAGGAUGUUAAGAACACUGUCAGGACACACAUUCGUAAGCGCACAAACCUACCGCGCGACGAGACCGAGGGCUGGUUGGAGGUUUACAUAGCCUUUUGGAAGGCCAUAGGCGAGAUCCUCGGCGUGCACGGCACCACCGGGGCGCCACCCAGGGCGACCUGGAACUCGGUGUAUGAGUCCUGGAAGGAGUUGACGUCCAUGGUCAUCCGCGGCUACACCAACCACAGCUUCGAGGCCUGGACAAUACCGUGCCUGUACGUGACCGGUAGGCAUCUGCGCGUGUUUGCAAUCAAGGCGGACGAGGAGCGGAACAAGACUUCGGGUGGUCCCAACAGCGCCACCUUUGAGGACGACUUUGAUACCGACAGCGAGAAGCACAAGAUUCUCGAGGACUGCGCACGACAGCUGAACCGCAUCUUCACCCUUUGCCUCAGUGAUCGUGCCCCCCUUGAGGAUUCUAGAAAGUGGGGCAUCUACUUUAUCAUCAACCUCCUCUUCAAGACUUACUUUCGUUUGAACUCGGCCAGUCUUUCGAGGAACAUCCUCAAGGCCCUCAAUGCUUACAAGGGGGAUAUGCCUGGAUUGGACCAAUUCCCCAAGUCUCAGCAGGUCACCUUUAGGUAUUACGAAGGAAUUCUUGCAUUUCUUGACGAGAAUUACCCCGAGGCAGAAAAAAGUUUGUUGCAAGCAUACAAGUUCUGUCAUAAGGAUGCCCACAAAAACAAACAACUGAUCCUCACCUACCUCAUCCCAUGUCGCCUCCUCACAGCACAAACCCUCCCGAGCCCGGCACUUCUCGAACCUUACCCUUCCCUCCAGCGACUCUUCCUGCCCCUCUCCCGCUGCAUCAAGAAGGGCGAGCUGCACGCCUUCGACCUGGCCCUCCAGGCUGGCGAGGAGGACUUUGUCAAGCGCCGCAUCUACCUCACCCUCGAGCGCGGUCGCGAUAUUGCCCUGCGCAACCUGCUCCGCAAGGUUUUCCUUGCCGGCGGCUUUGAGGAGUCCAAGGAUGGCGCUCCCCCGCUGCGGCGCACGAGGAUCCCCGUGGCCGAGUUCGCGGCCGCUAUCAGCAUGAACAGCCAGCAGAGCCUGGACUCGGACGAGGUAGAGUGUCUUUUGGCCAAUAUGAUUUACAAGGGACUUAUGAAGGGAUACAUUCACCGAGAACGGGGCAUCGUCGUUUUGAGCAAGGCUGGCGCAUUCCCUGGGACUAAUAUCUGA